AUGAUGAUUUUAUCUUGGAUAACAAAGGCUCUUUCACCACACAUUGCUGAAAGUGUCAUAUAUGUUGAAAAAGCUAAGGAUUUAUGGGAUGAACUGAAAGAAAGGUUCUCUAAAGGUGAUUAUUUCAAGAUUUCAGACCUGCUUCAGGAUAUACAUUCUAUCAAACAAGGAGAAAGGGGAGUGAGCCAGUUCUUCACAGAUCUGAAGAUUCUGUGGGAAGAGUUAGAGUCCCUAAGACCCAUACCAACCUGCACAUGCCAGGUCCCAUGUAGCUGUGAUCUUUCAAGGAUAUUCUUGAAGUACAGAGAAAUGGAGCAUGUAAUAUGUUUCUUAAAAGGUCUAAAUGAUUCUUACAGCACAGUCAGAACACAAAUUCUCCUCAUGGAUCCUCUUCCCAAUAUCAAUAGGGUCUUCUCUCUUAUUAUGCAACAAGAAAGACAAGAAAAGCAAGGUGUUGCUGAUAUCAAAGCUCUAGCCAAUAUGACUGACAGAAACAACCAAUGGAGAAACCAGGGAAACCAAGGAAGAGGUUUUGGAACUCGUGGUCAAGGAAGAGGAAGGGGAAGAAAUCCUAACUAUGGCAAACAAUGUUCAUAUUGUAAUAAAAUGAAUCACACCAUAGACGAGUGCUAUUCUAAGCACGGUACCGAACCAGAAGGGACUCAGAACACACAACAGACUGGUAAUAGCAAUGUUUUUAAUUCAUUCACAGCUGAACAAAUGGAAAAACUUCUCAGAAUGAUAGAUAGAGCUGAUGAAUCCUCUCACAAAAUCAAUCAAGUCCAAAGGAAUGAGACUGAAAAUAGACAAGGUAAUCUUUCUUGGAUAAUUGACACAGGUGCCACAGAUCAUGUGACACAUGAUAAAAGAAAUUUUGUUACUUUUUAUAAAAUUAGACCUGUUUCUAUCAAACUGCCAAAUAAUACUACUCUCACAGCAGAGCACGCAGGAACAGUGCAAUUUUCAAAGGACUUUAUCAUUUUCAAUGUGCUCUAUAUUCCUGAUUUCUGUUUUAAUCUAAUUUCUGUUCAAAGUCUUAUUAAAGACUUGGACUGCAACCUAACUUUUUCCUCUAAGACUUGCCAGAUAAGGGAGAACCAUACAUUGAAGAUGAUUGGAUGUGCUGAUUCUUGGGAAGGAGUCUAUUACUUGCAAGCUUUUCCUAAACCUGAUCAAAGAUACACUUUAAAGUCUACUUUUUCUUGUAAGAAUGUAGAUGUUAGUCUGUGGCACUAUAGAUUAGGCCACCCAGGAGAUAAGCGGAAAUUGCCUUUCUCCAAAAGUGCUUCUAUUACUACUGAAUGUUUUGAAAUUCUUCAUUGUGAUAUUUGGGGCCCUCUAAACACUAUCUCUGUUCAUGGUCAUAAAAGUUUUGUUGAAACCCCUGAACAAAAUUCAGUUGUUGAAAGAAAACAUCAACAUAUACUAAGUGUUACCCGGGCCCUUCUUUUUCAAUAUAACGUACCUGAUUCUUACUGGUCUUAUGCCAUUGGGCAUGCUGUUUAUCUAAUAAAUAGGCUGCCCACUCCUAUUCUUAAAAACAAAACACCGUAUGAUCUGCUCUACAACCUACCACCCACCUAUUUAGAUAUUAAAACCUUUGGCUGCUUGUGUUUUGCUUCAACUCUUGAAAAUAAUAGAAGUAAGCUUGACCCAAGAGCUAGAAAGGGAAUCUUUCUAGGAUAUAAGAAUGGUGUGAAAGGUUACAUCGUGCUUGACAUAAACACCAAGGAACUUUUUAUAAGCAGAAAUGUUGUCUUCCAUGAAGAUGUUUUUCCUUACAGAAAACUGCAGGGCAACAGAGAAGGCUAUGACAAUGAAGAAGACAAAGCUGAUUCUCUCAAUAACCUCCUAGAAGAUCACUAUCCUAUCAACAACAAUGUACAUAUUGAGCCUAAUAACGCUGACCAAGAACAGCUGCAGUAG